UCAACGAGGAACGUGCGGUGAAAGAAAGAAAAAGAAAACCCUCUCCUUUAUUUCAAUCUCAGUCGGUCUCUUUCUAUAUUAUUGUCUUCUUCGUGUUUUUUUGGGCCUUUGGCUGCGGCUGCUGGUGCUUUCUUUUUCCACAAUGAACCUCUCAUCCCUUACAACACUCCAAACCAACCCGCUACCCACGACUCGCCGCAGGGUUUUCUACGGGACCCACUUCCGUACCGACGUGCUCUCUCGCCCAAGAGACGUCGUCGUUUGCUCCUCCGUCAAACCCGUUUCGGCUUCGUCCCUAACGGCGGUGGCCGAGUCAGCCUCCCAAGCGUUGAGUCGAAUCGAAUCGUUGAGUCAGGUCUCUGGUGUGUUGGGUAGUCAGUGGGGAGACGAAGGCAAAGGCAAACUCGUCGACAUCUUGGCCAAACACUUCGACAUCGUUGCUCGUUGUCAGGGUGGAGCUAAUGCUGGGCAUACAAUCUACAAUGCAGAGGGAAAGAAGUUUGCCCUGCACCUUGUUCCCUCUGGUAUUUUAAAUGAGGAAACUCUAUGUGUUAUUGGGAAUGGAGUUGUGGUUCAUCUUCCGGGGCUGUUUCAAGAGAUUGAUGGCCUUGAAUCUAAAGGAGUCUCCUGCAAGGGGAGGAUAUUAGUUUCUGAUCGUGCCCACCUCUUAUUUGAUUUUCAUCAGGAAGUGGAUGGGCUUAGAGAAUCUGAGCUUGCUAAAUCUCUUAUCGGUACUACCAAGAGAGGAAUAGGACCUUGUUACUCUAGCAAGGUUGUUCGGAAUGGCAUUAGAGUAUGUGAUCUGAGACACAUGGAUACUUUCCCUGAGAAGCUUGAUGUAUUAUUAUCAGAUGCUGCUUCAAGAUUCCGAGGUUUUAACUAUGGUCCAGACAUGCUCAGGGAAGAGGUUGAAAAAUACAAGAGAUAUGCUGAGAGGUUGGAACCCUUCAUUGCUGAUACUGUGUAUGUCAUUAAUGAAGCCAUCUCUCAGAAGAAGAAGAUUUUGGUCGAAGGAGGUCAGGCAACCAUGCUUGAUAUUGACUUUGGAACAUACCCCUUUGUGACUUCCUCUAGCCCAUCAGCUGGUGGGAUUUGCACAGGUCUUGGCAUUGCACCAAGAGUUGUGGGAGACCUAAUUGGAGUGGUAAAGGCAUACACUACAAGAGUCGGUUCUGGUCCAUUCCCUACGGAACUCUUGGGGGAAGGAGGUGACCUUCUCAGAUCUGCUGGGCAGGAGUUUGGCACAACCACUGGCCGUCCCCGCCGUUGUGGUUGGCUAGAUAUAGUUGCAUUGAAAUACUGCUGUCAGAUUAAUGGCUUUUCUGCUUUAAAUCUCACCAAACUCGAUGUUUUGUCUGAGUUUCCUGAGAUUCGAUUGGGGGUCUCUUAUAAGCAAAUAGAUGGUACACCGGUCAAAUCAUUCCCAUCGGAUCUCAAUCUUCUUGAACAACUGAAUGUUGAAUAUGAAGUAUUGCCUGGAUGGAAAUGUGAUAUAUCUUCUGUCAGAAACUACUCUGACCUUCCGAAGGCUGCACGUCAAUAUGUAGAAAGGAUUGAAGAACUUGUAGGUGUGCCCGUUCAUUACAUCGGCAUCGGACCUGGACGAGACGCCCUCAUAUUUAGAUAAUUUCACUAUUACAUAGAGAUGUAAGAUUGAAAAGCUUAUGGUGCUUUGAAAGAAUUUAUUUUCUUCGGCAACAAUAUUAGGCAAUACUCUGAUCUUUCAGGGUUGAUGGUUUUUGUUUUUUUGGGUAGUUGGAUACUUGGUAGCUUCUUCUUCUUGUCUUUGAUUUUUUCUAGCACCAGAAGAACACUGCUUAAUAAAGUGCUAGAUUUUGGGUGGUCUCAA